UACAAGAUGGCGACCAAUAGUGAAGGAAAGUAAACCAGUUUUGAGACAAAACUUUCAAAAUAUUUGUUAAAAUUACGCUUCACUGAAAGUAUUAGACGUUAAAACUAUGGUCAACAUCUUCAGCCGUUUAGGGAUUCACUUAAAGGCUGGUCUGUCAAACAGAACAUUGGUAGCACUGAGGUCCAAAUCCUACCCAUCUGUCCCCAGUAUUAUAUUCAACAAAACAAGAAUGUGUAGUACAGAUUCCUAUAAAUACGAAACGCUUGCUGUCUCCCAACCUGCUGACCAUGUUCUCCGGGUGGAGCUCAACCGACCAGAGAAAAGAAACGCUAUGAACCAAGCAUUCUGGAGGGAAAUGGUUGAGUGCUUUAAUAAGAUUACCAAUGAUUCUGACUGUCGUGYGGUUGUAGUCACUGGGGCUGGAAAGAUAUUCACAGCAGGUUUGGAUUUAAUGGAUAUGGCAGGUGUGUUCAUGCAGGCUGGACCAGAAAAUGCUGAUGCAGCAAGAAAAGCUGCUGAAUUACGAAAAAUUAUCCUUAGUUACCAAGAGAGUUUCUCUGUGAUAGAAAAGUGCCCAAAGCCUGUGAUAGCUGCUAUUCAUUCAGCAUGCAUUGGGGGUGGGGUUGAYUUGGUUUGUGCCUGUGAUAUAAGACUUUGUUCAUCAGAUGCAUGGUUUCAAAUUAAGGAAGUAGAUAUUGGGUUGGCUGCUGAUGUGGGUACUCUGCAGAGAUUACCUAAAAUCGUAGGAAAUGACAGCCUUGUUAGAGAGCUGAGCUAUACAGCAAGAAGAUUACCAGCUAACGAAGCAAAAGAGGCAGGGCUUGUCAGUCAUAUAUAUCCAGAUAAAGAGAGCCUAAUAUCAGCUGCGACAGCCAUGGCGUCAAAGAUAGCAAGUAAGAGCCCAGUAGCAGUGAUGGGAACAAAGCAUAAUCUGAACUACUCUAGAGAUCAUUCUGUUGAGGAGGGGCUCAAUUAUAUGGCAACAUGGAACAUGUCAAUGCUACAAACAGAGGACAUCAUGAAAGCUGUACAAGCAGAAAUGGCCAAGGAAAAACCCACAUUUUCUAAACUUUAAGCCAUGAAGAAACAAGUAAUGAGAAUAAUACAAUCAUGUUUUUUUUAAAAUUUAAUUUACAUAUGUUUAACAUUCCAUAACAAAUAUUUACAUAAUAUUUUCAUCUUCUGAAUAUUAAUUUUGUUGAUAUUUCACAAUUAUAUUUAGUGAUCUUUGUACAUGUAUUUACAGCUAAUAUGAUCUACAGAAGAAAAAAAAACAUUUUCAAACUUGAAAAUUAUUAUGACUUGCACAUCAUUAAAACACUGUUUUUAAGGCAUUUUAGAAUUAUUCUAAUUUUGGAGUAGUGAGCUGAGGUAUGCAUAUUUAUUAAGUUCAUUAUAUUUUUGUUGAUCUAUCUUGUUGAUGUUUCAUGUUGCUUGUUUUACUAGCCAUGAAACUCCAUCCAGAAAUCCAUCUAAGUUCUCAACGCACACAGAAUUUACCUAGUGGGUCAAAGAACAAAGUUGAUUACAAUAAAUUGAUAAAACAAAAGUUGAAAUAGGUUAAUGCAGAGGAUUCAAUAGAAGGGGCUGCUACUGGCUGUCAAUCGCCACAUACCUCACCUCCAACCUCUGGUUAUUUUUAUGUCAAAAACAGUAGGGAAUCAUUAAUAUCAAUGUAGUACAGAACAGUCAGCUGCCUAUGGGAAGUAUGGGUGGGGUAGCGAUGAGAGCGCUCGCCUCUCACCAAUGCGACCCAGGUUCGAGUACUGAUGUGCUCAGUGUCGUAUGUGAGUUAAGUUGUUUGUUGGUUCUCUCCUGUGCUUUGAGGGUUUUCUGGGUUCUCCGGCUUUCCUCCCUCUGCAAAAACCAACUACUAAAUUCUAAUUUGAUCCUAGGAGAUAUUCACGAUAAGGCUAACCUCRAUAUCUCCUUUCACACUCACCGAUGCAAAUAAAAUAGUGUUUAUCUUUUCAGAGAGCCCCAUACUUUAUAAAUUAUUACAGAAUAUCAGAAUCCUCUGUUAAUGCCAGUGCAUCAUACGCAAAUUGAAAUAUGUAUGGUGACCAAUUUUACUAAUUAUUGUUGUCCUGGACUGACUAGCCUUGUGUUCACAUGSAAAAAUAACAGCAUUUUCACUUGAAUGAAAGGCUAAAGUUUACAAUAUUUAUUCAAAUUGGUAGCCAUAUUUUGAUUUAGCGUAUGCUACCACCAAUCAUAAAUUAUGUGUUUUCCCCACGUAUCGUCUCACGGUUUUCAUGUAACUUAAUGUUCUCACUGAAUGAUAAAGCUAGAUGCAUUGUAUUUACCUGCCAAGGUCUA